UCAGGGCUGUCGUAAUGGAAAGAGGCAUUGGUGUAGGGGUGUGAUAGAGGAACAUACUGGAAGGGCUAGAUGAAUGAAACCAUAAUAAGAUUCUCAUGUUCAAGAGCCCAACAGUGGUGAUUGGACGGCCCCACCCUUAAUCCAUCUUUUCCUGAACAUCCCUUCCUUCAGUGUGGGUCUCGCUUCUCUACUUGCUGGUGGUGAGGAUAGAGAAAUGUUUGUACGUGUGUGUAAUUGGAAAGAUUGUCAACAUCCCCACUUUUAGACGCUUUCGUUCAAAAUAGCCUUAAGGAGCUCGUCAGAGAUUUCAUGUACUACCUCCCCCGAAGUAUGAGAACUUUGUGUUAGGUAUGAUAUAUGAUCAUGGCUUUGUCUGCAAUUAACAAGUCCCCCGUACCGUGCUCACAAAUCCCACGCGGAGCAAUACCGGUUAAUCCUCAUCCAACGGUUCUAAAACAAUGUAUAAACAGUCGUGUUAUGCAAAACAAGAUACCCAUUAUACAAAGUUGUGCUAGAGGAGGGAGGAAUCGUGCCAGAGAUGUGAAGGUUGCAGCUCUGUACGAAAUUGAAGAUGUGGAUAUACCAACGUCGAUUGAAAUGCAGCCCAUCACCUCCGAGGAGCAAUUUGAUCAAGUGAUAACUCAAGCUCGACAACGUUCACAGCCUGUUAUAAUUGACUGGAUGGCAACAUGGUGCAGAAAAUGUAUAUAUUUAAAGCCUAAAUUGGAGAAACUAGCAGCUGAAUUCUAUCCAAGAGUUAAGUUCUACUAUAUAAAUGUUAAUUCUGUACCACAAGCACUUGUAAACCGUGCCAAUGUUGUUGUACUUGAUGUCAACUCAAGGAAGAGACUUCCAAGAAGGUGUUGAUGAAAUAAGGAACCAGUUGAAAAGAUGAUGGAAGAACAACAUUCAUGCUUCAAGCCGAAAUCUGAGUACGAAUGGGACAAAGAAGAAGGAUUCACACUUCAUGAAGACAUUUGAGAAGAUUAAGUCAAGACGCAAUGAAAUGAAGUUUUUGUUCUAAUCAUCUUGAAUUUCCUUUGGAUCAAAAGAUAUUGCCCAAGGCAUCAACACUUCUUCAUGACGAGGAAUCAAAUUUGCAAGGCAAGUUGAGGUGGCAUUCCAGUCAUCAACCAACCAAUGCAAGGGUUCCAAGUCAGACAUGUCUAGAUGCAAUGAACCGGACUCAACAAGUGGCUCCUACUUUCUCAUUGGUUGUCCAAAGUGUUGUAAUUUCCCAUUGGCCAAAAAGAAUUUUUUUUGCAAAUAACCCUAAUUAGGGUUUUAUCUAUUAAUCUUGGCCAUUGAUCUUAAAUCAAUCCAGGCCGUUGCUUUGUAAUGGGAUGCCUAUAUAAAUGCUCCUCUCAUUUGUAAAGGGAGAGAUUUCUAAGAAAUUGUUGUGGUGAUACUUCUUAAGUGCUAAGACAUAUUCAUUGUUCAA